AUGGAAAAAUUAGCAAAUCUUACUCAAAACGAUAUUAAUAAUGGUGUACUUAAUCGUAUGCUAGUCAAUGUAGGUAUACCUGAUGUUCAAGAAUAUGUCAAAAAUUUUCAUCAAGAAACAGAAGAAUUAUUAAUCAAAGAAUUCGAACAUUCCGAUAGAAAUAAUACACAUAAAGAUGAACAAAUCGUUCCUCCAACUGAUAUUCAUAGUUGGAUCACAAGUUUACGACCUCGUCUUGAUGAUUCGAUUCAACCAUCAUUACCUCAAGAACAACAACAAUUACCAGUUGAUGUUCAAGGUUGGAUUAAUGGUUUAAGACCUCGUCUGGAUGAUACAAUUCAAUCACCUUUACCUAAACAACAAGAACCACAAAAACAACAACCAACAGAUCUUCAAAGUUGGAUGCAAGGCAUGAUACCUAGUGAUAUCCAUUUGUCUACUGAAAAUACUACAUCAGAAACAACUGCUAAUUCUAAUGAUAAUUCUGCUGUAACUGGUAAUCUAGGAACUUGGCUUACUGAUUGGUCAAAAAAUCUUAGUGAACAACCACCACCAAAAUCUUUAGAUGAUUGGUUACAAGGCUUAAUACCUAACAAUAUACAUGAACCUAUUGAAAAAGCAAAUAAUUCUAAAGUUCGAUUAAAUAGUUAUUUAAAUGCUGCUCAAAAAGUACUUUCUGAACAUGGUUAUAAUGUUUCAAAUGAAAUCAAACCUUCAAAUAAUAUUCCAACGAAAGUUGGAAUGUUUGGAAAUGUUAAACAAAUGUAUUUUCUUUGGAAAAAAUUAGAUAAAAAUAAUGAUAGAAAAAUAACAGUUGAAGAUGUUCAAAUAAUGCUUGAAGAGAUGGGUCUUGGUUUUCUUAGUAAAUAUGUUGGUCAAACAUUAUUCGAUAUGGUAGAUUCAAAUCAUGAUGGUACACUUCAAUUUCGUGAUUUUAUUGCAUUGAUGAGCAUUAUCAAAGAAUUGAUGAGUGCUUUAACAUCCACGAAAACAAUGGCAUAA